AUGGAUACUCCGAUACUAAACCCUGCCCAUGCUUUAAGAGCCCGAAAAUUGCAAGUCAUUAACUUGAUUUGCUUGUUGUUGACUUUUAUUACACAACGUAAUAAGGCCAACAAAAAGCGGGUUAGGUUACCUACUAGAAAAGUUAUUUUAGAAAGACAAGUUGUACGGGAAGAGUUGCUACACAAUCUUUUAGAAGGUGGUCAAUGUCGUGACCUUAUUCGUAUGAGUGAAAACGCUUUUAGGAGAUUGUGUGAAAUCUUACAAACUGUAGGUGGUCUACGACGUACGCAACGCAUGUCCGUUAAGGAACAUGUUGCUAGAUUUUUGCAUAUUGUAAGUAAUGAUUUGCAAACUCGGUUUACCUCGUGGAUGUAUCGUCGCUCUAGAUCAACAACGAGUAGGUGCUUCCAUAGAGUAUUACGAUCGAUUAUAGCAAUAGAAGGUCUUUAUAUUCAGCAACCUACAGGUGAUGUUGUCCCGAGAGAAAUUCAAGAAAGUAGGAGAUUUUAUCCUUUUUUCAAGGAUUGUAUAGGGGCAAUAGAUGGAACACAUGUUCGUGUCCAUGUGCCUAAUAGAGAUGCCCUUAGAUACCGUGGUCGUAAGGGAUACCCGACAAUAAAUGUAUUAGCUGCUUAUACAUUUGAUUUGAAGUUUACGUAUGUGUUAACGGGUUGGGAGGGUACUGCAUCAGACUCGAGAAUAAUAAAGAACGCAUUUACUAGAAAUGAUAAACUACUAAUUCCAUCAGGUAAAUACUAUUUAGUAGAUGGGGGUUUGCCUCAUACGAAUAAACUAAUGGCGCCAUAUAGAGGUGUUAGAUAUCAUUUAAAAGAGUACUCAAUGCGUGGUCCACAAAAUUCUAAAGAGUUGUUUAAUCUUCGUCAUGCUUCCUUACGUAACACCAUUGAGCGAGCUUUUGGUGUCCUUAAAAGAAGGUUUCCUAUCAUUCGAAGUACAACGGAACCAUUUUACUCUUGUGAAACACAAUCUGCCAUAUUUUUGGCAUGUUGUAUUCUACACAACUGUUUAUUAGAUGAAGACCGCGACAUAAAUCUUGAAGAUGAGGUGAUGCAAGAGAUCUUAAACGGACCACAAGAGCAAGAUCGUCGUAAUUCAACAGAAACAUAUGAGGGUAAUAGAACGGCAGAGCAACUAAGGAAUUCAAUUGCAAACGAAAUGUGGGCAAAUUAUUUGACACAUUCAAACAAUUAA